AUGGUCUUGGCAGCCAAGAAGACAUACAUAGUCCAGAUGAAACACCAACACGAUUCCUCCAAAUACCCCACCCACCAUGACUGGUACUCUUCCAUUCUUCACUCUUCUGAUUCCCUGCUUUAUGCCUACACAACCGCUUACAACGGUUUUGCAGCUACCCUUGACCCCCAACAACUCCACGCAUUGCGCAAUUCCGACUCAGUUGUGGGAGUGUACGAGGACACCCUUUACACGCUCCACACAACCCGCACCCCUGAGUUUUUGGGCCUCCAAGCCCAUUCGGGUUUGUUGGAAGACCUUUAUCAAGCUUCGCACGACGUCGUUAUUGGGGUACUCGACACAGGUGUUUGGCCAGAAUCCCAGAGCUUCCAUGACUCCCAAAUGCCCCAAAUCCCAACGCGAUGGCGCGGCCACUGUGAAUCCGCUCUUGAUUUUAAUCCUUCUCUCUGCAACAACAAGCUCAUCGGUGCUCGCAGCUUCUCCAGGGGCUACCUCAUGGCCUCUGGCGGCGGUUACAUCAGGAAAGCAAGAGAGCCUGCUUCGCCUCGCGAUCGAGACGGCCACGGCACCCAUACCGCCACCACCGCUGCAGGCUCCGCCGUCGAUAAUGCCAACUUGCUCGGUUACGCCACCGGCACCGCACGCGGGAUGGCACCUCAGGCUCGCUUGGCUGCCUACAAGGUCUGCUGGACAGACGGCUGCUACGCCUCCGACAUACUCGCCGGCAUGGAUCAAGCAAUCCAGGACGGCGUCGACGUGCUCUCGCUCUCCCUUGGCGGCUCCCAAGCCCCGUACUACCGCGACACCAUCGCAAUCGGAGCAUUCGCGGCGGUGGAGAGGGGAAUCUUCGUUUCGUGUUCGGCUGGGAACAGCGGACCUCGCAGCGGCUCCGUGGCAAAUGUGGCUCCGUGGAUCAUGACCGUGGGAGCAGGGACGUUGGACCGGGAUUUUCCGGCGUAUGCUAUGCUCGGGAAUGGGAAACAUUUCGCCGGCGUUUCUCUUUACAGCGGAGGAGGGAUGGGUGACGAGCCGGUUGGUUUGGUUUAUUUUGACGAAAAAACCAACUCCUCCAGCAGCAUUUGCAUGCCCGGUUCACUCGACCCGGAGAUCGUGCGUGGGAAGGUGGUAGUUUGUGACAGGGGACUAAAUGCACGUGUGGAGAAAGGUGCGGUUGUGCGCGACGCGGGCGGAGUUGGGAUGAUACUGGCAAACACGGCGGCGAGCGGUGAGGAACUGGUGGCAGACAGUCACUUGGUACCGGCAAUGGCAGUUGGGAGAAGCGGUGGUGAUGAGAUCAGAGAGUAUGCAGCAUCUGAUCCUAAUCCAACGGCUGUAAUGAGGUUUGGUGGAACUGUGUUGAACGUGAAGCCGUCGCCUGUGGUUGCAGCAUUCAGCUCAAGAGGACCCAAUGGAAUAACGCCUCAGAUACUGAAACCCGAUGUUAUUGGGCCUGGUGUUAACAUCUUAGCCGCAUGGACUGACGCUGUUGGCCCAUCUGGAUAUCAGGACACUCGCAAAACCCACUUCAACAUCUUAUCUGGUACGUCCAUGUCUUGUCCACAUAUAAGUGGGUUAGCUGCAUUACUUAAAGCAGCUCAUCCAGAUUGGAGUCCAAGUGCAAUCAAAUCUGCACUCAUGACAACGGCCUAUACUCAUGACAACACCGACUCUCCUCUCAGGGAUGCAAUGGGUGAAGCCUUCUCCACACCAUGGGCUUAUGGUGCUGGUCAUGUCAACCCACUAAAGGCCCUCUCUCCUGGCCUUGUCUAUGAUGCCUCCACCCAGGAUUACAUUGCCUUCUUGUGCUCCUUGGACUACAACCCCCAACAUCUACAACUUAUUGUCAAGCGUCCCCAGGUUAAUUGUUCUAUGAAAUUUACUGACCCGGGUGAACUCAAUUACCCUUCGUUCUCGGUCGUGUUUGGAAGCAACAGGGUUGCUCGAUACACACGCACAUUGACCAACGUUGGACCUCCAGGAUCUGUCUAUGAUGUGGCUGUGAACGGACCAUCCAUGGUGGGGAUAACGGUGAAUCCUACCAGGCUUGUGUUCCGAGAAGUAGGGGAAAGGCAAACUUACACAGUGAGCUUUGAAUCCAAGAGGGAUGUUGAUGAUUCGGUUACGUCUGAAUUUGGUAGCAUUAUGUGGAGCAAUGAACAAAGCCAAGUUAGGAGCCCAGUUGCUUUUGCGUGGACAGAUUCAUGA